UCUUUUUUUUCUUUCUUCUCCUAAGUUUCCAAUUUGGAUUUCCAACGUGAUUUUACGAACGCAGCGAAAAGAUCGAGGAUCUCAAUGCCUACCUCCGUUUCGAAACCCUAAUAUUUUUUCCCCAUUUUUAGUCAUUUGGGUUUCACUCGUUAAAUACCUUCAGAUGAAUACUCCCUCGCACGCCUGCCAAUUGUCGAGAAGAGACUGGCUCAAGGUUGAGUCCGGCUGGCGGCAACCCUCAACCGCAUCUUCCUUCUCCGCCAUCCCUUUCAUCUCAAGAGUGGUAGCAGAUGAUCUGCAUCUCUGGCUCAAAUAAGUACGUCAUGUACAUAGGUUGGUGGAGUGGACGUUGGCUGCACCGAUCCAUGCGACCGCCCAGUUGAGAGGAUAUGAAGAGAACUCUCAAGUCACCAAAUAUGCAAAAUAGCCAUGUAAUUUGCUUUUCUUAAAUCCAUUCCUCUCCACCGCAGCAAGCAAUCCAUUUAGCUUCACCUUUCCCUCACGUCACUCUUAUGCCCCCACACCUACCACCUCCCCUGUCUCUGUCACAUAACUAGGCGAUUAAGGCAAAGCCAAACUUCCAAUCUAAUGAAGCUAGCAGUUUGUUUUUCUUUGCAGUUUGGUAGAUGCCUUCUCUUAUACUGAAUCUAACACUCAUUUCUUGUAUGAUAACUGAAGCUUUAAUGGUAAAACAUGAACUUCUGGGAGAUGAGGGGGUGAAGCAUGAAACUUGCACUCAAAGAACACUUGGGCUCGUGUUGCCAUCCACUAUUUAAUAAGCUUUGGUGUUGGUGGGUUUAAGUAACUUCUGGUGUUUGUGUUUUGCAUCUCCAAGAGGAGGAAGAAGAAGAAGAAGAGGGUAAGAUGGUGAUGUACACAGGAGGUGGCUUCAUGAGUUUCUCCAUCUUAGUGGUUGGUUUGAUACUGGUUUGGGCAUCGGGAGCUUGGUCAUGGAGCAAGGAGGGCCACAUUCUGACCUGCCGGAUUGCACAGGAUAUGUUGGAACCCGAGGCGGCGGAGGCUGUCAAGAACCUUCUGCCAGAUUAUGUCAAUGGAGAUUUAUCAGCACUGUGUACAUGGCCCGAUCAGAUCCGGCACUGGUACAAGUACAGGUGGACCAGCUCCCUUCAUUUCAUUGACACCCCGGACAAGGCCUGCAAUUUUAAGUACAGCAGGGACUGCCAUGAUCCACGAGGAGCCAAGGAUAUGUGUGUAGCUGGUGCCAUCAGCAACUUCACCAUGCAGCUACUGCACUACAAAGAAGGGACAUCAGAUCGCAGAUAUAACUUGACAGAAGCCUUGCUAUUUUUGUCCCACUUCAUGGGAGAUAUCCAUCAGCCCAUGCAUGUUGGAUUCACGAGUGACGAAGGCGGGAACACCAUACAGCUUCACUGGUUUAGACACAAAUCUAACCUGCAUCACGUUUGGGACAGGGAGAUAAUCCUUACAGCUCUGGCAGACUUCUAUCAGAAGGAUAUGGAUGUCUUCAAAGAAGACCUUCAAAGUAAUUUUACCACUGGGACCUGGUCAGAUGAUGUUUCUUCUUGGGGGGACUGUAGUGAUCUCUUCUCUUGCCCCACUAAAUACGCUACAGAAAGUAUAAGCAUAGCCUGCAAGUGGGGUUACAAAGGAGUCAAUCAGGGAGACACUCUAGCUGAUGACUACUUCAAUUCAAGGAUGCUGAUCAUCACCAAACGAAUUGCGCAAGGUGGAGUAAGGUUAGCCAUGAUUCUGAAUCGAGUAUUUGGCGAGCACAAUCAAGCGAUUCCAUCACCAACAUGAACAAGAGUUCCCUCUCUUUAUUUGCCAAGUUCCACAAAAUACUAUCCAGAUAAUACACAGUGUGAUCAUACACCAGUUGUGAAUUGACAUGUAGAUGAUUUAGACUUGUUAUUUCUUUCACAAAUAUGAAAAAACUAAAAUUGGUUCCUUUCUAGCUAGAUUAUAGAGAAUAGUAUAAUUUACUAUGUUA